AAUUGCCUACUGAAACGCUAGAAACUGUCCAGUUUCGUGCAGCAUUUUGAAGUGAAAAGCAUUGGAGGAAAGUGCGGAUCAAUGUCGCUUUUAAAGGUCUGCAUAUUUUUAGCAGCGAUCUCGCUUGCCGUCGCCGAUAUUGUUGAUUUUAAGCCGUGCGGUGAUGUCGACGCCUGCACCAUACACGAGGUACGCAUCGAUCCUUGCCCACAGGCUAGCGAGCAUUUGGCAUGCCAUAUACGUCGCCGCCGUCCGGCCACUAUGUCCUUCGACUUCACGACCAAUUUCGCUGCGGAGACGUUGGAAGCCGGUCUGGCCUGGCAAAAGAGCGCCACACAGGAUCUCCCGCUCAUCACCAUGGACAAGCAGGCAUGCAAAUACACACCGUGUCCCACGGUCGCCAAUCAACGCCAGACAUACACCAUGGAUGUGCCCAUCGAAAGUAAAUUCCCCCUUAAUCCCUACACCAUCAAGUGGACCCUGAAGGCGCCCACCGGACAAGUUUGCUGCUUCACUGUCGACAUCAAAGUGGUGCGUUAAGCCAAGAUGACUAGAGAGAGACAUAUGAUUUUCAACCUAACGAACUUGUAAAAGAUAUUAAUUUUAGAGUGAUUGUACGUAUAUAAACGGUAAAAAUAAAUUGGUCAAUAGACAUUGCAACAA